AUGUGGAAUUCAAAUCCUGCACCACCUGGAAGGCCUCGUUGCCACAAUGUUACAACUUUUACUCGUAAAGGGCCACUACGAGGAGCGUCACCGAGUCAUAAAGCUCUUUUCAAGCUAUUGCUGUCUCCUGAAAUCGUAAGUAUUAUUGUGCGAGAAACCAACAGAAAAGCCAUUGAAGCGUUUCGUUUAUGGAAUGAAAAGCAUCCCAGUAAUAAACAGCGUUCUUGGGUAAUGACUAACGAAGACGAAAUGUAUGCUUUUUUUGCGAUGCUACUUAUUGCUGGUGUAUUCCACUCGAAUUCUCAGCCAGCGAAAGAAUUGUGGGCCAGUUACAAUAUGCCAAUUUAUAAGGCCACUAUGUCAUUGAAUCGGUUCAAGAGCUUAACUACUUUCAUCCGUUUCGAUAACAGUGGUACUCGUGCUGAGAAGUUGAAGCAAAGCAAAUCUGCUGCCCUGGACGAUGUAUGGCUCAUGCUGAUGGCCAAUUUAGAGAAAGCAUACACUCCGGAUUGUCAUGUAACCGUCGAUGAACAGUUAUUUCCAUAUCGUGGGCACACUCGAUUCACCCAAUAUAUUCCGAGUAAGCCGGCAAAAUAUGGCAUGAAAACACUCUGCCUGCUCGCAACGGCGUAUGCCAAGCCACAGGGCUAUAACUACCAGAGUCAACAAAACAGUUUCCAGAAUCAACAGAAUAGCUUCCAAAUCAAGCUGCCUGGCAUUAGUAGCACAUCCAGUGCACAACAACAGCACACCAGUUCCAACGUACAAGAACAACCAAGUUUCCUGCAACAGGCACUGCAAAAUGCCAAACUGACGCAAUCCCUCAUCAGCACCCCAGCUGCUUUACCCACCGUUGCGACGCCAAACAACUAUUACCAAAGUGCGCCUCUGUCACAGACACCACAUUUUCAGCCCGGUUUCCAACCCAGUCACGGUCCACAACAACCCGCCUAUCCAACGUUCGGACAGCAGCAAUACCAACAGCAAGGCCACUUUGGGCAAUCACCAUCUCUAGUCACCAAGGACAUUUACGUGCAUGUCGCACCCGAAGAGCAUGAAGAACGUUACCAGCGACCGGUGUUGCCUCCGCCACCACCACGCAAGCACUACCGCAUUGUCUUCAUUAAGGCGCCAAGUCCCAAGCCAAACGCAGCAGCCUUACGCGUGAAUCAAGCGCCAACCGAGGAAAAGACUAUUAUUUAUGUGCUCACACGCAAGCCAGAUCCCAUCGACUUGGAGGCGGCUUACCAGGAGGCAGCGCCCAAGCCGCCCAGCAAACCGGAAGUCUAUUUCAUCAAAUAUCGCACCCAAGAGGAAGCGCAACAUGCACAACGCACCAUUCAAGAACAAUACGAUCAACUAGGCGGCACAACACAAGUCUCCGACGAGGGAGUUGCACCAGUGGCCUCCGUAAUUGGAUCGUUGGAUCGCCAGCAAGGCGGCGCAGGCGCCAACGUCGGCUCCAGUAUCAUCUCCACCAGCAGCAGCAGCAGUGCGAGCAGUAGUGGCAGCAGCAGCGGCAGCAGCAGCGGAGUGAAUAAAUAUCUGCCGCCUUUUGUAAGACUCUAAUUUUAAUUAAUUGAAGUUGAUUUGAAGUUUAAUCGACCGAAAGCGAUUUUACUGCCCAACAAAAGAAAGACUCAUAAAAGACACAAAAAGUACAUGCAUACAUGCACACACACGUGCAUAGCGCACAUACACCAUCACAACUGCAUGUAUAUAUGUACACGUUGCUUUACAUACAUAUUUACACUUGUCUGUUCAAUUUAUGCGCUCGAUAGCAUUUGAUUUCACUGAGUCGAUUUAAUUAUUUUCGAUUUCUGUUGGUUUGUUAAUUAAUUUUCGAGUUGUAAAAUUUUUAGUUAUCUAUUUUUUUACUAUUGCGCUGAAAUAAUUUAGCGUACUUUGCGGUAUGUUGUUGUUUAUUUUUUUGUUAAUUGAAUAAUUUGUUAAUGAAUAUAUUUUUUUAUUUAUUUAUUCAUAGUUUUUUUCUUAUUGAGUAUUUUUAAUAUAAUUUGUUAAAUAAUUAAUUUUUGUAAUACCUGAUUUUAAAUGAUCGCAGCCGUAGUCUGUCAUCAGCCGCUAGUCGAUGGUCUCGGCUCAAACAUCAAUUC